AUGCUGAGAUGCGCGGGCGGCCAAUUGCAUGGCAGUGCGUUUUUCCAGGGCGUCCGUGUCGUCCGUGUUUUCACGUCGUCUGCCUUUUCACGUCGUCCAUGUUUCCCCGUCGUCCCUCUCUCUGUCAUGUCGCCCCUGCCCGUGCCUCUUCUCCGCUGCUCCCCGCGCGCCCUCCCGUGGUACGGGACUCCUGCCGCCGCCACGACGGUCCUCGCCGCGAGGAACCGUUCCGGGAAGAAGUCCGCGCCGCUGCGCCCCGGGAACGGAGGAGCUGGAUGGUUUCUGUCGCGCGCGACGGAACGUGAACAGCGGCCCGGUGCCAGUCACGUGCUGUUCACGUGCACCCCGGACUUCGCGGCCCGCGGCGUUAACUCCGGUCCAAGCCCCGUUUGCAACUUCUGUGCGCCCGCCGUCGCGCGCGGGUCACGCGCUUCCGGCCACGGUCCAUUAUCGUUUCUGCUCUGUUUGUGUUUGGUUUUUUUCCUGAUCCGCACACGUGAUGUUUUCGUUUCAGCCCGAACUGGCAAUUCGCUCCCACAUACCGGCCGCGAAGCGUCCCGGCCGCAGAACAACGCGCGUCGCGCUGGCCGCCCUGUUUUCAGUUGCGUCGCGCUGCGUCGCGGCCGCGAGCCACAACAGGCAAAGAAAAAUUUUUCUGUAUUUAAAGGUGGGCCGAUCUGGGCGAGCUGA